CCCCCCCGCCCUCGCCCUCCGCCCAUCACAACCAGCCCAUUCCGAACAAAGCAUCGUCACUCUCCUCUUCAUCACCACUCGCAUCCAUCCCAGUGUAUAGGUGUCGUGUCUUGUGACUAGCAGUAUCAACAUCCUACUACUCUACACCACUCUCCACCCACCACCCAACAAUGUCCACUACCACCUCGCUCCUCCACACGGCGCUGCAGAACCUGCACGUCGCCCAGCAGGUCGCGCACCCGAGCCACACGCCGCGCCCGCCCAGCUCGGUCGGAUCGUCGCGCCGCGGCGGCCGCUCCGCCUCGGACGAAGAAGACGACGACAACGAGUAUGUCGCCGUAGGACGCGGUACCGCGCCCGGCACGCCCAUCCCGGGCAAGGGUAUGGUCCUCGGGCAGCGCAUCAAGAAGGUCGGCAGCAAGGAUCCACUCCGCCUACUCCCCACGCACCUUGCGGUGCGCAUCUUCCUGCAGCUCGACAUCCGCAGCCUCGCGCGCUGCGACAGGGUAUGCAAGCGCUGGCAAAAGUCGAGCACGCUCAACUACGUCUGGUUCCUUCAGAACCGCGCCCUCGUUCUCCCGACACUAUCGGGCGCUGCGACAGGCAAGACGCGCAAGCUCGACGACGGCACCGAGUUCUUCGACCCGUACGACAAGACGCCGCGCCUCUCGAGCCUCCCGGCCGUGCCCGUACCGAGCUCGACACAGCCGCAGUGGUCCAAGGCAGAGAGUAAGCGCGCGUGGAAAUCAGUGUUCCACAGCACGCUUGCGCGCUCCGACCCGAAUAAGGACGACACGGACCCGCUCCGCGUAGACAUAUACUCGCUCCAUUCGAGCGGCUACAAUACGCCGUCCAACCGCCACUCGCACGCCGGCAUGGGCUCGGGAAAUGCCUCGCGCUGGGCAGAUACUGGAAACCAGGGCAGCCUGACCCCCACGGAGCGCAAGCUUGCCGCAAGGGAGGGAUACAAGGCGCUCGGUGGUCGCAAGGCGCGCAGCAAGCGCAAGAUGGGUGGAGAGAUGGGCAUGCGGGAUAAGACGGGUGUUGUGGAUGACGGGCGGUUUGACGCGCCGUGGUAGCGUGUAGGAACGCGCCUGCCGCGCAGCGGCAGGCGUGGUACGCCGCGACGACCUGCCAAUGCCUCUUGCCUUGCUCCAUCUAACAACAUCAAGAACCCCAUGCCAACAUCCAUCGUGCCCGCUCGAUGCCCGUCACUAUCCAUAACUCCACGACCACACAACAUCCCACACGCACACCGUCCCAAAGCCAUAGCCACAGAAGCACAAACUCAUAGCACAUGGCAGACAAUGACCUGAAUGAAUCGAAGUGGGAUUGA